AUGGCUAACAGACCCAAAGUCGUCAGCUUGAAGACGUAUCCCGACGGCAUCUUCCAUUUCGCGAUGGCCGUCGGUGUCUACCUCAUUCGCACUCGACGCAAGCGCGCCAACCUUGGACAUACAGAGUUCAAAUCCUGGCACGUAACCGUCAUCUUUUUCAUCCUUCUCCAAGUUUACAUCCUCGCAAUGCCUUGGUGGCCACCAAAGGGUGGCCCGUACGCCGGCAACGUCAGCUUCUGGUAUGCAACAUAUUGCGUUGUCGGCAUUGCUGUGUAA